CGGGUCUUGAGUUUCUUUCUUUGAUCAUCCUAUCAAGUGAGGAAGGGAGACUUCUCUCCUCCCCGUGGACAGGGAGAGAGAAGGGUGUGUGGCGCUAGGGUUUGUGGCGCGGGGCGAUGGCUUCGUCGGCGGCAGCGUUUGUGGAAGGCGGCGUCCAGGACGCUUGCGAGGACGCUUGCAGUAUCUGCUUGGAGAGCUUCGGCGAUGCCGAUCCGGCUGUGAUUACGUGUUGCAAGCAUGAGUAUCACCUCCAGUGCAUUAUAGAGUGGUCUCAAAGAAGUAAAGAAUGCCCAAUGUGUUGGCAAGCUCUCAGCUUAAAAGACCCAAACAGCCAAGAAUUACUCGCUGCUGUGGAGCAUGAAAGGGCAAUUCGCCAGAGCAGGAUAGGUGUUUUUCCACCCGAGGGCUACGAACUUCAUCGGCUAGCAGCUUAUGGUGAUGAUUCUGACUUCGAAGAACGUAUGAUGCGCCAUCUUACGUUUGUGACGAUGGGUAGAAGACAAUUAGGAAGGAGGGAUGGGAAUGCAAAUGCCGCCAGCGUUAGGCCUCCUUAUGGUAAUAUGCCGCAACAGUUUGUGAUCGUCCCAGCUCAUGGGAAUGCUCCCAGCAGCGGUGCUGUAUCGGUGCCAGCCGGGAGCCUUUCUUUAUCUCCAUCGACUCCGAGUGUUACUACUUCAGACCUUCAUGGCUCGCCUGUGACCCCUGACAGUGGCUCGUCAUCGGUUGAUUCAAGCAGCUUGAGGUCUCGAGGAUCCCCACGCGUUUCUUUCACCGCUGCUUCCACUGCGGAUAGCAACCGAAGAUCUCCUGAAACUCACUCCUUCUCGGAGUCUUGGAAGUCAAGAUGGGCUGCUGCGUCCUCUAGGUAUAAAGAAUCUUUCACUAAAACAACAAAAAGCUUUAGGGACAAAUUGAGGAUGCGAAAUGGUAGCACAAUGGCUGAUUUUGGUGCUCGUGCCAGGGAAGUGAGCGCCGGUAUGGUCCGAGCUCUCGAACGCAUCUCGGUCGAGAAAGAAGAGAACGAAGCGGGAGCGACCGCCUCUCUCGCUCACCCUGCCGAUCCUUCUCGUCAAUCAGCAAGCACGGCCCAGCACCAGGAUCACGCUGCUACGAUCGAGACGACAACUUUCAGCGCUGCUUUGAUCGCUCGAGAAACUCCCGGCCACGAAAGCAGCGAGAACGCUGUCGCCACCACCACCACCACCACCACCACCAGAGGUGCUGUACAUAAUACGACGACUGGUUCUAGCAAGAUUGCUCCUCAGUCUCUCACAGACGAAGCGAGAGCUCCGUCCAAAAACAUUGAGGAGAGCACUGUCCCUUCGCUCGAGGGCCAGCAAAUCCACUUAGUUAUGUCGACAUGAGAGCGCCACACUCUAAUAAGCAAAAGAGAGAAGAUUUUAAACCCAGUGUUUUGGUGGUUCUUACUAUGUAAAUAAUAACGAGAGUUUUUUUCGUAAGGUAAAAA